UCUUGACAAAGUCAUUAAAGAAAGCGGAAUUAAUAAUUGGGCGAACAAAGAUCGUGAAAACUUGAUCCGAGCCUUUGACGAGCUUAACCAAACUCUUUUGCAUAAACUGACAGAAGCGUUGUCCGAAUAUUGGCAGAUCAGUCCAGAAUGGGUAGGCGAUCUAGUAUCAAGCUUAGACCGCAUAUAUGACAACCCUGCUUAUAUUCAGGGCCAUCGAGGACCACUGUUGGCUCUUGAUACGCUCACCGAAGUUGUUGAGGCAAGUACUCUUGCUCCUCACCAAAGAUCAAGAUUGUUGAUCCAAUCCAAUCCAACUAUUAGGGAGCAGCCGUUGUUCGAUGGAGAUCAAUUGGCAAGAUCGAAGAUGACAAUUAUGAAGAUGGAGGAAUCACCGGAUUGAUCGGUUUGGCUGAGAUGCUUAUUAAGGAAUUUGUCUCUCUCACCAAACGCCGAUUCAAGACACCUAUUAGCGGUGUUCUUUCUGUUCCUAGCGUUGUAAUGGGAAGACAGAUGCCAUUUUUUGCACUUCAGAUGGAAAACUGGGCAUAUCUUCCAGAGGCCAAAAAUGCCCCUAUCGAGGUGAUCUUUAAGCUCUACCACAAAGUCUUGGGUUUGAAGAGACUCUACGAUCAAUAUGGCCCACAACAAAAGAAGUCUUUAUUCAAGGUCGAAUCCUGGUUCUUGCAACACGUCAAAAGAUGGUUAGAGACCACUAAUGAGUCUACACCAGGAUGGGUUGAAUCUGCUGUUAAACAUGAUAAAUUUACAACAGUUAAUGAAACAGUACCUCACUCCUCCUCUGUGGUUGAUCUUUUUACCAUGUUCCAUGAGGCCGUAGACUUUGUGCAAAAGCUUCAAUGGCCUAAUGAACUUCAACGUUGUCGUUUCUUAACCGCCCUUUCAAAGGUCAUUGGACACGCACUCGACAAAUACACCGCCAUUCUAGAAGAAAUGAUUAUAGAAGAUAUAUACCCUACAUUGGGUCAUGAAGAAAAUUCUUCGGCCACAGUGGCUUUCUUUAGCAAAGCACGUCUCCAGCUUACUGGUAACCAUCAUUCCCGCAAAAAUGAUGGCGUUCCUCCAGAUUUUACCCCUCAGCUUUGCGUAAAGAUCAACGAUAUCGAGGCUGCGAGAUCAAAACUCGAUAAACUGUAUCAAAUUAUAGAUGUUGACGAUAUAUCGUACUAUAUGCGCGAGAAUGAUAUUCCUGCAGCUGAUAUACCAGAACAGACAGGCUUUAUGUAUUCUAUCAAGAUUGUCCGCGCUGAGAACUUACAGCCUUUGGAUAACAAUGGCCUAAGUGAUCCCUAUGCUAUUAUGGAGAUCAAUGGAAAACAGAUUGCUCGCACUCGUACAGUCUAUGAGACCCUCAACCCUCGUUGGGACCAAGUGUUUGACAUAUGGCUUAAUGAAAAGACAGUAGAUGUAGUAGCCAUUGUUUACGAUGAAGAUAUGAUUGGUGCCGAUGAAGAAUGUGGUGGUGUUUGGUUUAAGCUGUCACCAGAAUAUUACGAUGAUUAUCAGCAACAUGAUAUAGUUUUGAAUCUACUUCCCCAGGGAAGACUUGUGUUGCGUGUUAGUAUGGAAGGUGAAAAGAACGAUAUUCAAUUCUGGUUUAGUAAGGCGUUCCGUACCCUGAGACGCGUCGAGAACGACUCUGCUUCUCUUAUUGUAGAUAGGAUGAGUCGCUUUAUGCGUGCGUGCCUUUCACGAAAAACUCUCGACAAACUGCUCCAACGCGACAGAAGCUUCUUUAGAUUCAGUCGCUCAGUCAAAUCUAUUGAUCCCACUCUUCAGGAUUGUGAGGAUGCCAUUGCACCUUUGCUUGACUAUCUGGAAAGAAACCUCAAAAUUCUUAACGAUAACCUAUCGGAAGGAAACAUGCGUCAUGUCAUACUGAAGAUCUGGAAGGAGAUUCUUUUAUCAUUAGAAGGUGUAUUAUUACCUCCCCUUUCUGAACAUCCUUCGGAAAUGAAGCCUCUAGAUGACUAUGAAUUUCAUUGUGUUUAUAAAUGGCUUGAGCUUUUGAAGGUUCUCUUUAACGGUGGUGAAGAUGAAGAUGGUGUACAAUUAGAGACCUUAGAAAACGCACAGUACUACUCUCUCUUAGCAAUUAAUGUGGCAUACAACCUGGAAACCGAAGAGCUUAUCGGAAUUUACAACACUGCCCUUAACAAUCAAAUGGAACUCAAGUUACAGGGUGGAGCAAAAGCUGAUCGUAGCAAGUCUGUGUAUCAUUCUCGUCACACUGCUAAGCAGCAAAAGGCUGAUAAGAAGGCUGCAUCUAUUGAUAUGCCUAGCAGUGAGACAGUACUUCGUAUUCUUCGUAUGCGAUCCGGAAAGCGUGUCCGCGAUUUCCUGCGUUCUGAGUUUGACAAACGUAACAAACCAUCCACCUCAUCUGGACCCGCUGCAAAUAUAACAGCCACAAAAGAUGAGGCGUUGCAACCUACCACAUUAGUCCCACCUAUUAUCCCUGAUCGUAUGAUCACACCAUCUGAUGAGAAAAUGAUGCCUUUGCCAUAGACAUAUUUAUUUAAUUAGUCUUUUUUCAGUAAUAAAUAGUCUUGUUCUUUAUUUCACUCUCUUUUGUUUUAAUGUAUAUUAUAUAAGUUUUUCUUUUCUUUUAAAUUUUGUGCCAUAAAUUAUAACAGAUACUUUGGCACUUGACUGAUUUAUCUAAUGAAAUACAAAGCUCUGAUUUUUC